AUGGCCAUGGCUAGUGCUGUGACUCGUGCCUUUCGUCGCAUUGAGGGCGCUAUCUACAAGGAUCCUGCAAACCGCGGCAUCGGCAAGUGCUUCGUCAACGGUGCGGUUGGAGCGGCGACGACGGCUCUAAUCUCGGCUCGUUCCAUCCUUCUCACCACGGGAUUCUUCAUUGCUUCGGUCAAUGCUGGCGAGAACGACGGCCCAAUCGGCACGGCUGCGCUCGCCCGCGCACUGGCGGGCGCGGGGAAGGACGUCGUUGUUGUCACCGACGACCUCAACCGCCCGCUCGUCGAGGCUGCGCUCGACGCUGCCCUCAGCGAGAGUCGCUCGACAGACGUGGCUCUCGAGAUCUACCCGACCCAUGACGGCGGCACCGCGUCAAGCGGCGGCGCAUCUCCAGAGUGCCUAGCAUUCCACACCCACAUCCGCGAGACGUACGCCCCAACCGUUGCGGUCGCCAUCGAACGGCCCGGGCGGACGCCCGACGGUUCGUACCGCAACAUGCGUGCCGGCGACAUCUCAGCCGUCACCGCACCCAUUGACGCCAUGUUCCUCCGCGAACCAGCCUUUGGCUUUGCCUCCUCCUCGCUCACCACCAUCGGCGUCGGCGACGGCGGCAACGAAAUCGGCAUGGGCUCGCCUGCCAUCCGCGCUGCCGUCCUCGACGCUGUCCCCGACGCCGACGUCACUGCCACCGUCGUUCCCACCGACAUCACCAUUGCGACUGGCGUCUCCAACUGGGGCGGCUAUGCCCUGGCUGCAGGCGUCGCUGCCCUGACUGCCGCCCCGGGCCUCGCCUUCCCCUCCCACCUCGAUCGCGCCGCCAUGGACGCCGUCAACGCCGUCGGCGGCGUCGAUGGCGUCCGCGCCGCCGUCUCCAUGUCUGUCGACGAUCUCGACUGGCACGACCACCACAGGCCUCUCCUCGACCAUCUUGUCUCCAUAGCCACCGACGCCGCCCCACAUCCCACCUCGGAGUGA